AUGGCUUCCAAGAAGAAGUGGGCAGAAAGGAGGGAGCUGCGCAGAGACAGGCCAUUCUCCACCCGAGAGGAUGCUUCUGCGGUGCCCGGGACAUCUGGCCCCGGCCGCUCCACCACCAGGGGGCGCUUCUCAGAGUCAUGGAAAAGGCUGAGCUCCAGAGGGGGGUCCACCAAGAGGGGAGGGCUCAACUCUCAGCAGCCACCGGCACAGAAAUCGUGGAUCGAAAGAGCAUUCAGCAAGAGAGAAUGUGUUCACAUCAUUGUAAGCGCCAAAGACCCCCAUAGGUGUUGUUGUGGUCGUCUGAUUGGUCAGCAUGUGGGCCUGCCCCCGGGCAUCUCCUCCAGUCAGAAUGACAAGGCAGAACGCUUGGCUAAAAAUGACAGCCUAUCGGAGAAGUGGUCAAUCAGCAAGCACACCCAGCUCAGCCCCACUGAUGCCUUCGGCACCAUCGAGUUCCAGGGAGGAGGACACUCCAACAAAGCCAUGUAUGUGCGGGUGUCAUAUGACACAAAGCCUGACCUGCUGCUUCAUCUGAUGACCAAGGAGUGGCAGCUGGAUCUGCCAAAAUUGCUCAUCUCAGUGCACGGAGGCCUGCAGAACUUUGAACUACAGCCCAAACUCAAGCAGGUCUUUGGCAAAGGGCUCAUCAAGGCUGCCAUGACAACAGGAGCCUGGAUUUUUACUGGAGGGGUCAACACAGGGGUUAUCCGCCACGUGGGAGAUGCACUCAAAGACCAUGCCUCCAAGUCAAGAGGCAAGAUCUGUACCAUUGGCAUCGCACCAUGGGGCAUUGUCGAAAAUCAAGAGGAUCUUGUUGGCAAAGAUGUGGUGCGUCCAUACCAGACAAUGUCCAACCCAAUGAGCAAACUGACUGUCCUCAACAGCCUUCACUCCCAUUUCAUCCUGGCAGACAAUGGCACGACAGGGAAAUAUGGUGCUGAGGUUAAACUCCGACGGCAACUGGAGAAACACAUCUCCCUGCAGAAAAUUAACACACGUAUUGGUCAAGGCGUGCCUGUGGUGGCUCUGAUCGUUGAAGGAGGCCCUAAUGUGAUCUCCAUAGUGCUGGAGUACCUCAGGGACACUCCUCCAGUCCCAGUGGUGGUUUGUGAUGGCAGUGGCCGAGCCUCUGACAUCUUGGCCUUCGGACAUAAAUACUCAGAGGAGGGAGGGAUUAUUAACGAAUCUUUAAGAGACCAGUUACUGGUGACUAUCCAGAAGACUUUCACCUACAGCCGCACGCAAGCACAGCACCUGUUCAUCAUCCUCAUGGAGUGCAUGAAGAAGAAGGAGCUGAUAACAGUUUUCCGAAUGGGGUCAGAGGGUCAUCAGGACAUUGACCUGGCCAUCCUUACUGCAUUACUCAAAGGUGCCAAUGCCUCUGCACCUGACCAGUUGAGUUUAGCCUUGGCUUGGAACCGGGUGGACAUCGCUCGUAGUCAAAUCUUCAUCUAUGGACAGCAGUGGCCUGUUGGAUCUCUGGAGCAGGCGAUGCUGGAUGCCUUAGUUCUUGACAGAGUGGACUUUGUCAAACUUUUAAUUGAAAAUGGAGUCAGUAUGCAUCGUUUCCUAACCCUUUCCAGACUGGAAGAGCUUUACAACACGAGACACGGGCCAUCCAACACGCUGUACCACCUCGUCAGGGAUGUCAAAAAGCGGGAAUAUCCAGGGUUCAGUUGGAUCUACUUCAAGGGAAACCUGCCUCCAGACUACCGCAUCAGCCUCAUCGACAUUGGAUUGGUCAUUGAAUAUCUGAUGGGCGGGGCUUAUCGUUGUAAUUACACUAGGAAGAGGUUCCGGACUCUAUAUCACAACCUGUUUGGCCCCAAGAGACCCAAAGCCCUAAAGCUGCUAGGAAUGGAGGAUGACAUGCCCAUUCGGAGAGGCCGCCAGAAAACAACACGAAAGCGCGAGGAAGAAGUGGACAUUGAUUUGGAUGAUCCUGAAAUCAACCACUUCCCUUUCCCUUUUCAUGAGCUCAUGGUGUGGGCAGUGCUCAUGAAGAGACAGAAGAUGGCGCUGUUCUUCUGGCAGCAUGGUGAAGAGGCAAUGGCCAAGGCUUUAGUGGCGUGUAAGCUGUGCAAAGCCAUGGCACACGAGGCAUCUGAGAAUGACAUGGUGGAUGACAUCUCCCAAGAACUGAACCACAACUCCAGAGAGUUCGGCCAGCUGGCAGUGGAGCUUCUUGACCAGUCCUAUAAACAGGACGAGCAGAUGGCCAUGAAGCUGCUGACUUACGAGCUGAAGAACUGGAGCAAUGCCACCUGUCUGCAGCUGGCGGUGGCUGCCAAACACCGGGACUUCAUCGCUCACACCUGCAGUCAGAUGUUGCUGACGGACAUGUGGAUGGGACGCCUCCGUAUGCGCAAGAACUCAGGCCUGAAGGUGAUACUGGGGUUGCUUCUGCCACCAUCCAUCCUGAGCCUGGAGUUCAAGAACAAGGAUGAGAUGUCGUACAUGCCUCAGGAACAGGAAGCUUAUCUGCAGGAGAAGGAAGAGGAGGAGCCUGAGAAGCCUGUAAAGGAGAAGGAGGAGGAGGACAUGGAGUUCACAGUAAGAUCUUACUGUGAGACGCAGUACAACUCCGUGGCCAUGUUGGGUAAAGUGUCCACAGAAACGGCCAGGAAGAAGGACGUAGAGGAGGUGCAGAGCCGUCAUCGCCUCAUCCCUAUGGGACGAAAAAUCUACGAGUUUUACAACGCUCCCAUAGUCAAGUUCUGGUUUCAUACGUUGGCGUAUGUUGGCUACCUGAUGCUGUUCAACUAUAUUGUCCUAGUCAAAAUGGAUCUAUGGCCAUCACCUCAAGAGUGGAUUGUCAUUGCUUACAUCUUCACCAAUGGUAUCGAGAAAAUGAGAGAGAUUCUGAUGUCUGAGCCUGGAAAGUUGUUACAGAAAGUGAAGGUGUGGUUACAGGAGUACUGGAACAUCACAGACCUUAUGGCCAUCCUCAUAUUCUCUGUGGGGAUGGUCCUAAGACUCCAGGAGCCCCCACUCAUGAGCUACGGCCGUGUCAUCUACUGUGUGAACAUCAUAUACUGGUACAUCCGCCUGCUGGACAUCUUUGGGGUAAACAAGUACCUGGGUCCUUACGUCAUGAUGAUUGGAAAGAUGAUGAUUGAUAUGAUGUACUUCGUGAUCAUUAUGCUGGUGGUGCUCAUGAGCUUUGGUGUGGCACGACAAGCCAUCCUCAACCCAAAUGAAGAUCCAUCCUGGAUGCUGGCGAGGAACAUCUUCUUUAUGCCUUACUGGAUGAUCUACGGAGAAGUGUUUGCUGAUGAGAUCGACCAUAUGCAUAGUAGGAAGUUUCAGCAAAGGCAGAAUGAAAAACUCUGGUCUGGUCUGGCCAUAAAUAACAUACGAACUCAUGGAGGCUGGCGUAGUAGUGUCUCAUCCCACUUUCCCCAGAGCAGUCAAACCCCCACUCCCUGUGGACAGAAUGUCACUAAUUCGGAUGGGGUAGUGGUGACCCUGCCUCCGUGUAAGACAGGUGCCUGGAUUGUCCCAGCUAUAAUGGCUUGCUAUCUUUUGGUAGCCAACAUACUGCUGGUCAACCUUCUCAUAGCAGUAUUCAAUAACACAUUCUUUGAGGUGAAGUCCAUCUCUAAUCAGGUGUGGAAGUUCCAGAGAUACCAGCUCAUCAUGACCUUCCAUGAACGACCAGUGCUUCCUCCACCCCUCAUCAUCUUCAGUCACAUCACUAUGGUCCUCAAGCACCUGUGCUGUCGCUGGCGCAAGCACGACGAUGAUGAGAGGGAUUAUGGACUGAAGCUUUUCAUCACUGAGGACGAGCUGAAGAAAGUACAUGACUUUGAAGAGCAAUGUAUCGAGGAGUAUUUCAGAGAGAAAGAUGACCACUUUCACUCCUCAAACGAUGAACGCAUCAGAGUUACGUCCGAAAGAGUGGAGAAUAUGGCAAUGCGUCUGGAGGAAGUCAAUGAAAGGGAACACUUCAUGAAAGCCUCACUGCAGACUGUGGAUAUUCGUCUUGCUCAGAUGGAGGAGCUGAUUGGACGUAUCACUGUAGCUCUGGAGAGAGUGACAGGCGUCGAGCGUGGAGAGGUGAACAAAGCUCGCUCCCGAACUUCCUCUGACUGCACUGACUCUGCAUACAUGCUACGCCAAGGAGAGUGUCCUGACCCCUCAUACAUUCUCCGUCAAAGCAGCUUCAACAGUACAGAGGGCAACGCAUAUCGCCUCCCAGAAGAGUUGGAGGGAGCAGCAUUGGGCUCUAUGUCCCCGCCCUCUCCCACCACCAUCGCCACUCGUGUCAGGAGCCACUCCUUCUAUGUGGGAGGGGCUCGUGGAGGGGAGCGCCCUAGUGGAGCAGAGCGGGCCGAUAGCUUCUUCAAAGAGCGCUCCCUCAGUUUGCAUCGCGCCAAUAGCUCACAGUCAGUGUCUUCAGCUGCCGCCCCCAAAGAGUCUAAGCCCCUCCCGCUGGCCACGCUGGCAGUCUCCCAGCAGCACCGUCCAUCUUCAUGCAUAGACAUCUAUGUGUCUACAUCUGAGGAGGUGGGGCCUGCAGAGGUCUUCCUGGAUCCUCUCCGUGUGGUCCCACCUCUCUAUCGGGGCCUGUCACUGCAGUCGGAUACAGGGGAGAUGGUGCUGCCGGGAGGCCGGGACUUCAGCAGCGCUACGACUAGCGGAUUGGGCGACAGGCCUUCGGAGGGCGGCACCGGCUGCACUGGGACAGGGGCCAUGUACGACGACAGUGCAGCAGCAGAUCUGUCUCUGUGCUCUGCACACCUCUUACCAGACACAAGCUUACCUCCCUGGGACACAGAACCCUCACCCCCACCCUCAGCUGGCCUGUUGGAGCGCUCCAAGAGCAGCCGCUACCUCUCCACUGUCGGCACAUCUUUUCUGGAUGAGCCCCCUCUGGUCAAGUCCCACAGCCUCAUGUUCACACCAAGAGGCUGCUAUGGCGGGCUGGGACCAGGUGUCCAAGUCAAAGCUGCGGAGUACACCAGCAUCACUGACUGCAUUGACACGCGUUGUGUGUCAACUCCUUACACACCAGUUGAGCGCUCCAACUCCCCUGGAGCCUCCACCUCUUUCCCUUUUGAUAAGCCACCAGAGAUUGUUGCAUCUCACCCAGAGAGAGAGGCCGAGCUCAGCCACACAGAGUCAGACCCUGAGGACCCUGACGAGCUGAUCCCGGCCCCAGACACUGCUCGUGUGGGCUUUAGUGGGCCGAGUGGGGCCCCCCUCUGCCCCCCCUACUCCAGGCUGGAGCGGGCCAAUAGCUGCUCCUCAGACGACUCCCAUCCUUCGCUCACACUGGCUCCUCCGCACAGGAAGAGCCUGUCAGUGAGUGAACGGAUGGAGAGGGGCCCAGCCCUGGGGGCAGACAGGGGGGCUGUGGUCGGGCCUGUGCCUGUGGGCCGGGGUCUGGCAGGACCCAGAAACCCUUUCCUCAGGAGCAAGCCUGGCUCUAGGCCUGAAACAGCUAAGACUGACAGUCUCUCAAUGAGGAAGCUGGCUCAUCCCUCAGCCUUCCGCAGCUUUGAUAGGCAGAACUACACAUGACACGAUGUGUGGGGACCGCGGAGGACAAGUCCGUGAACGUCCAUUUGAAUGCACCUGGCCCAGCUGUGGUAAGAAGUUCUCCCGCUCAGAUGAGCUGACGCGUCACUAUCGCACCCACACAGGAGAGAAGCGUUUCCAUUGCCCCCUGUGUGACAAGUGCUUCAUGAGGAGU